CAAAUCCAAAUCGCAUAAAUGGAAAAUCCAUACAGAAACAGGUUCUCUCUCCCCUUCUCUAUGUUGGCAAUGGAGGCAGAGCUGGAAAUACAAAAAGGAGGGUUUGAGCCCCCCACCGAAGAUGAGAAGCGCACUAAAGCCUCCGCGUCUCUCCCCACGCAUCACCUUCCCUCUCUUCUUGCUACCCCACCUCGUCCAUCUCUCUACAAAAACGUUUUCCCUCUCUUCACCCCACACAACCACCUCCUUUCUCCAACAAUUCAUAGCCCCUCCUCCUUGCUGCUCUAAAAGCCCACCGAACCCGUUAGACCUCCGAGUCCUCGCCAUUACCCUCUCCAAAGCUUCAAAGACUCGACAAUGUUCACUUCUCAAUUACUUUCUCUCUCUGAAAACCCAUUCAUCCAUUGCCAAGCUCAUGAAGCGGCUCAGAAAUCGCGAUGCCGCUUUCUCCCUCUUCAUUUCUGUGAUCCCGGAGGACUCACCGUGUUUUUCUCUCUCUUGUUUGAUCAUGGUGCACCACCUAGUUGCUCAAGGAUCGCGAAGUUUAGCUGAAGAUGUUCUCUUUCAUCUGGUAAUGAGUACUAGAGAUUUCUCCCGCUCAGCUGUAUUUGAUACGCUCUGGGGUAUUCGUGGUCUAUAUGGGUCCGAUUCAUGUGUGUUUGAUUUACUAUUUAGAGCUUGUCUCAAUGCAAAGUUGGUUUGCGAUGCAAUUGUGAUAUUGGGUAGAAUGAGGACUGAGAAAAUUUUACCGAGUAUUUCAGCUUUGAACAUUCUUUUCGAUUUGUUAUUUGGGUUUGGUGAGGUUUCCAUUAUUCUGCAACUUUUUAGAGAGUUGUUGGAUGAUGGGCCUCGACCCAAUGUUCGAACUUUCAAUAAUUUGAUACUUGGGUUUUGCAGAAGAGGAGAUUUAGGGAGAGGGAAGAGUUUAAUGGAAGUUAUGAAUCGAUAUGGGUGUGUUCCUGAUGUUUUCACCUAUAACAUUCUCAUCAAUUCUCACUGUAUUUAUGGCCAUUUCUCCUAUGCUCUGGUUUUGUUUGAUCUAAUGCUUCAAAGGGGUUGUCACCCCAAUAAUGUAACUUAUAACACACUCAUCAGUGGGGCCUGCAAGACUGGAGACAUGGAGGAAGCGAAGAGAAUUUUCAAAAGAAUGGGAGAACAAAGAGUAUCACCCAACAAUGUAACAUAUAACACUUUGAUUCAUGGGUAUUUCAAGUGUGGAGAUAUUGAUUCAGCAAACCUUAUUUAUCGAGAAAUGGUAGAGAGAGGUUUUAUGGCUGAUAGUUUCACUCUCAAUACUCUUCUCUCCGCAUAUUGUAAGUUUGCGAGAGAGGAAGAAGUAGAGAGACUUUUAAGGGAUAUGUUAGGAAUGGGUCUUGUGCCUGAUACAUGUACAUUCAAUAUACUCAUUGCUAGGCAUUGUUGGGCAGGCCAGUUAGAUGAGGCCACAGAGCUCUUUAGAGAGAUGAUUGAGAAGAGGGUGUCUCCAGGCUUGUUCACAUUCAACACGAUCAUUGCUGGUCAUAGUAGGCUUGGACUCGUAGAUGAGGCUUUUUCUCUCUACAAAUUAAUGGAAAAUUUUGGAUUGGCUCCUUCCAUUGUGACAUAUUGCUCACUUCUCGUGGGUUUGUGCAGAGAAGGGAGAAUGCUAGAAGCUGAAAGGCUCAUGGAUGAGAUGCUUUUAAGAGGUUUUCCUCCUAAUAGAGUUGCAUUCACCAUACUGAUUGAUGGGUAUUUCAGGAAUGGUGAGAUUUCUCUUGCUUUGGGUCUUUGGAAUGAUAUGGAAGGCAAAGGGAUCUCACCUGAUGUUGUCGCUUACUCUGCCUUUAUAAACGGCCUUUGCAAGUCAAAUCUCACUGAUGAGGCUUGUGAGUAUUUUAGGGAGAUGUCAAGGAGAGGAGUCGUACCCAAUAACUUCACAUAUAAUUCUUUGAUUGAUGGGCACUGUAAGGAUGGUGACUUGGUCCAAGCAUUCAAAUUGGAAAGUGAGAUGAGAGAAAGAGGGAUUGUGCCCGAUCUUUUUACUAGCAAUACUAUAAUCAAUGGGCUUUGUAGACAAGGAAGAUUUAAGAUGGCAAACAAUAUAUAUUUGCACAUUUUGAAUAGUAGUGGCUUGGCCCCUAACAGUGUUACAUAUAAUACUCUCAUUGACGCUUAUUGCAAGGCCUUCGAUAUGGUUAGUGCUGCUGACUAUGUGAACAAAAUGGCAAUAGAUGAUUGUCCCCCUGAUUGUAUAACAUAUAACAUAUGGAUCCAUGGUCUUUGCAUUAAUCAUAUGAUGGGUCAUGCUCUCAAGAUGCUUGAUGAGCUUGUCAUGAUGGGAUUUGGUCCUAGCACAAUCACAUACAACACCUUGCUUGAUGGUUUAUGUUAUGAUGUGCUUGACCGGGCCACAAUUCUCUUGGGUAAACUUCUUAAGAUGAACUUUUUACCUAAUGUGGUUACUGUUAAUGUGUUGCUCACUCACUUUUGCAAGCAAGGGAUGCCUGAUAGGGCCUUGAUGUGGGCUGAUAGAUUUAGGAGGGCUUCCUUUAGUUUGGAUGAUGCUACGCGUAACAUACUAGAGAGAGCUCAUUUUGACUUCUGUGAGGAUGCCAAGAUUUCAGAUGAAAGGGCUGAGAAAUGUGUGUUUUUGGAUUUUCUAAUGCAUCUCACCUUUGAGACCAUGUGUCGACAAAGGAUAACAGGUGAGCGAAAGUGGGAUCUUGAUAAGAUUAAGCCACAUGAUUUUUCUGAUUUAAUUUUUAAGCUUGGAGGCCAUGGAGGUGAGUUGAGAUUUUCUCUGCAAUGACUUGUGAUGCAUAUAGAAAUGAGUGAUCCUAAGUUAAGGGGGGUUUCUCAUUUAUACUAAGCUACAUGGGCUCUCUGAUCUAAUUUUUAAGCUUUGAAAUGACAGAGAUGAGUGAAACUCUUUGCUUCGAUGGAUAUGUGAUGGACAUGGCAAUGGCUGACCCUUAGAUACUUGAUAGAGUUUGUCCAUAUGAAUUAUCUGCACAGAUUUUUAAGCUUCUAAUCAAGGUAGAAUGAGUUGAAACGAUUACAUGAUGCAUGUGGCAAUCUGUGAUCCUUAGAGGCCGUGCCUCAAUCUCUUUAGGAUUAAAGAGAGUGUAAGUUUUUUAUGGCCCUCUGUGAAGUAGUGUAGGGGGUUCAAGUGUACAAGGCAUUUAUCCAGCUCUGUAUAGGAAUAGGACAAGAUGCUGGGACAGUUAUCCCUGAGGUGAGUUUUCUCAUAUAAUCAUGUUUGUAACAUAUAGCUGAGGAUGCCUUUUUUUGUUUUAAUUUUUUUAUUACAAUUGAUGUCAACUCAUAGGGUUAUCAGCUCACUGAUUAUAGAAGAAAGAUUUUGUUUGUUC